CUCCCACUUGCGUUCUGCACAUGCAGUGAACUACUAAAAUGGCAUUCUGGUGAGGUCAAUGACCAAAUCCCACAAGCAAAAAUCGCUCUCCCAUUUGAUUAUCCAUUCCUUGCAAAACCCACUACACAAAUUUCCUCAUAUUCCUUUCUUUCUUAUCCUUCAAUUUCCCUCUCUUUCUCUAGAAAUUUCUCCUUCAAUCUGAGCUCCCACCCCUCCAAUGGCGACUCUCGGCGAUAUUGGAGUUUCUGCACUAAUCAACAUCCUCACUGCCUUCGUCUUUCUUCUGGCUUUCGCUCUGCUGAGAAUCCAACCCAUUAACGACAGAGUUUACUUCCCCAAAUUGUACAUCAAUGGCGGACGGAGCAGUCCCCGGAGCUCCAGAAAUUUCGUCGGAAAAUUUGUUAAUCUCAACAUAUUCACUUAUCUCUCCUUCUUGAACUGGAUGCCGGCCGCUCUGAAGAUGAGUGAGACUGAAAUCAUCGCCCACGCUGGGUUUGAUUCUGCUGUUUUUCUCAGAAUCUACACUCUCGGGUUGAAGAUAUUCUUGCCAAUAACCAUUGUUGCGCUCCUUGUUCUUAUCCCGGUCAAUGUGUCGAGUGGGACGUUGUUCUUCUUAAGGAAAGAAUUGGUUGUAAGUGACAUCGAUAAGCUUUCGAUAUCCAAUGUUCGUCCCCAAUCUAUAAGGUUUUUUGCUCAUAUAGGAUUGGAGUACCUGUUCACAAUAUGGAUUUGUUACAUGCUUUACAAAGAAUACGACAAUGUAGCACAAAUGAGAUUGAAUUUCUUGGCAUCACAACGCAGACGUGCUGAGCAGUUCACUGUGUUGGUUAGGAAUGUACCACAUGUUUCGGGUCGCUCGACGUCCGAUAGUGUUGAUCAGUUCUUUCACAAAAUCCAUCCAGAACAUUAUCUUUCUCAUCAGGCAAUAUAUAAUGCAAACAAGUUUGCUCAACUGGCAAAGAAGAGAGCAAGGCUCCAAAAUUGGUUGGAUUACAACCAACUUAAGUUUGAAAGACAUCCCGAUAAGAGACCGACUAGAAAGAUAGGGUUGUUUGGACUCUGUGGCACUAGAGUCGACUCGAUCGAUUUCUACAAACAACAAAUUAAGGAUCUCGACGCGAGAAUGGCAUUGGAGAGACAGAAAAUCAUCAAAGAUCCAAAAGCAAUUUCACCAGUUGCUUUCGUUUCAUUUAAUUCUCGUUGGGGCGCUGCAGUUUGUGCACAAACUCAGCAGAGCAAAAAUCCCACAUCAUGGCUGACAAAUUGGGCUCCAGAACCUCGUGAUGUCUAUUGGCGAAACCUUGCUAUACCAUUUGUUUCCCUCAGCAUUAGAAAACUGGUUAUAUCCUUAUCAGUUUUCGCUCUGGUAUUCUUCUAUAUGAUUCCAAUUGCUUUUGUUCAAUCACUUGCCAAUCUGGAAGGUCUUGAACGAGUCGCCCCAUUCCUACGGCCAGUCAUUGAAUUGAGCUUCGUCAAAUCAUUUUUACAGGGUUUUCUUCCUGGCUUGGCUCUCAAAGUCUUUCUAUAUAUACUCCCAACAGUUCUAAUGAUCAUGUCCAAAAUCGAGGGGCAUGUAGCAGUUUCUAUGCUCGAGCGAAGGGCUGCGGCGAAGUACUAUUAUUUUAUGCUGGUAAAUGUGUUCUUGGGAAGUAUUGUGACUGGUACUGCUUUUGAGCAACUGCAUUCCUUCCUUCACCUAUCUCCUACACAAAUUCCCCGGACAAUUGGAGUUUCUAUACCGAUGAAGGCUACUUUCUUCAUCACUUACAUAAUGGUGGAUGGGUGGGCCGGAAUAGCAAGUGAGAUUCUUCGAUUGAAACCGCUGGUUAUCUUUCAUCUCAAGAAUCUCUUUUUGGUGAAAACUGAAAGAGAUAGAGAGAAGGCAAUGGACCCAGGAAGUGUGGAGUUUCCCGAAACUUUACCGAGCUUACAAUUGUACUUCCUGCUAGGAAUUGUCUAUGCUGUGGUCACCCCAAUUCUUCUACCAUUUAUUCUCAUCUUCUUCGCAUUUGCAUACUUGGUCUACCGCCAUCAGAUAAUCAAUGUAUAUAAUCAGCAAUAUGAGAGUGUUGGUGCAUUCUGGCCCCAUGUCCACAGCCGCAUCAUAGCAAGCUUGUUGAUAUCUCAACUACUUCUAUUGGGUUUGCUGAGUACAAAAAAGGCUGCCAAUUCUACUCCACUGCUCGUCGCCUUACCGAUAUUGACAUUGUUCUUCCACAAGUACUGUAAGAACCGGUUCGAACCUGCAUUUCGUAAAUACCCUCUCGAGGAAGCAAUGGCCAAGGAUACACUAGAGCGGAGCACCGAACCCAACCUCAACGUGAAAGCAUUCUUGGCAGAUGCUUACCUGCAUCCAAUUUUCAGGUCUUUUGAGGAAGAAGAGUUGCCAGAGGUUAAAGUAGAGAAACAGAAAUCUCCCAUUCAUGAGGACAGCUCUGUGAGUGAACUCAGCUCUCCUUCCCCACCACACACUGUUCAUCAUCAUCCCCAAUCCCCACCCCAUUAUAUCUACCAUCCUCCCUCCCCUCCUCACUUUGUAUAUCCUUCACAUCCUUCUCACCACUAUGCCUAUUGUUACGAUCCCGAGCCUUAGAAUGCAAAAAUUUAGUCGAUAUAGAAAUUAACAUUGCCUUCGAGAGAAUAGAGCAUCUGUGCAGUUAGUAUCCGUUACGAGCAUAGAAUGGUUUGUUGAUUCCUUCUCAUUUUCGAUCGGUAAGUUUAACUUUUCGUCAAGCAAUUUGCAGGCUCGAGGAGGAAUGAUUUACAUUCGGAUCUUCUUUUUCUAUAUAUAGAAUUAACACCCCCUAGCCAAUUAGUUUAACCAACAUUAUGUUCGUCUUCAUUAAUUGUAAUUAUCUCAUUCCCAAUGAAAAGCAUUAUUGAGUGUUUAUUUUCA